AUUGUUCACCGCUGUGUCAAGUCAGGUUUUGUAUCCAAAGACCUGAAACUGAUACGCAAGAUUAAAUUUAUUUUUAUGUCAAAUGCAUGUAUUUCAUUCUUUGUGAAACAUUUAAAUUUCGUUUAGCCAAUCUGCCCCGGUAUUUGGAAACAAAAACAGCAAUGGAGAGAGGACGGACAUUUUAUGUUGCGUUGGUCGGUGGAAUUAUUGCAUUAGUGCUGUUAUUGGUUUCAGUAAACCUUCCGGCACAACUUGUGAUCGAGUCUAAACCUUACACUCUCGUUGUCUUGAAAAGUGGCAAGCUGGAUGGUUGGACUGCUAAGGAACUCGGACUGUCGUCUGCUGAAUUCGAGCUCGUGAAAAAUAAUUACGCGCAGUUUCUUAGCAGACACCAAACAUCAGACUACAGUGAUUCUAGUGAUUCUAGUGAGGAGGACGAUAAUGACGGAACUUUUGUACAUGUGAUAAGCGGGAAAGAUGGCGCUAACGUGACUUACAGUACUGAUGAAACAGUGCACAAAGAGAAUGCCGUUGCUGAAGGUACUCUUAAUAAGAAUCAUGAUAAUAAUGACAAUAUCAAGAGAAAACGUGCAGAUGAUGCAGAAGAAAAAGAAGACGAUGACGAAAAAGAUGGUGACGAGGAAGAGGAAGGACAAAUGACCGCCAAAAAUACUAUGGAUGAAAGUAGUUCCUCAUCUAGCGACUCUGACAGUGAAGGAGAUUCGGAAUCGAGUGAUUCGGAUGAAAUGACGCUCGAACAAAGACUUCAGGACCAGCCCAUUACACAGAAUAUCCGGCUCGGGCUCUUUCAUGGAACAGUGUGCUCAGUGAUGAAGAACGCGAGGGAGAGGUGUAAAUCUGUGUCGGUGAACGAAGCUAUAUAUGCCAUGAAUCACGAUGUUUCUUUUAUAUCAAGUGAUAUCAAUAUGCCGAUGUGGAAUAACUUGAGGGUGGAGUCAUUGUUUUCUGUGGUCACUUGCAUAUUUGGAUUGCUUUGCUUGAUUGCUUCAUUGAAACCAUGUUGUCAUAACAAACGUCUACCAGUCUACCUCGGAUCCGUCUCGUUCUUCGCUUCAGGUGCUCUCAUCUUCAUACCUAUUGUCCGUAUUCUUCUGGUUCGUUCCGACCUUGAACAAAACAUCGAUUCCGACUACAACGUAACAAUAAAACUGAUGACGUCAUGGUCACUUGUUGCUUCCGGCGUUGGUGCCCCCUUUGCUUUGAUGGCGUCGUUUGCGCUUAUUGCUACAAAAUGGUUUCGGGCGACGAAGCACUGGUACCAGCAUUUAACAAUGAAUUCAGAUAAUCAUGGAUUAGUACAGAAUGGCACGGCUGUUGAGAUAAAGAUGACCCCUUUGGAGAGGAAUUGAUUAGACAAUUAACCAAACAGCUACCUCGGAGAAAACCUUUUUAAUAUGUUUCUAUGGUUACAUUGCGAAAGAAACUAUUAAAUCCGUUUAAGUAGCUAGUAAAUAAAACUCGUGUAAUACAUUUUGUAUAUUAACCUUGUUGUACAAUUUUUGUUUAUGCCAUCGACGCAUCCAAUCAGCUGUUUCAAUGUGCAUUAUGUGAAAUUGAUAUUUUCCUCCGAUUUCUUCGUCGAUUUUAUUCAGGACUUCUUCACAUUGGAAAAGAAAACAAUAAGAAUGUUCAAUCUGAGUAUAAAUUUUUAGUAAGGCAACGUCAGUGUUAUGAUUACAAUGUGUAAUACUAUAUAGAACUUGCUUAGGUUGCCAUUAAUGAAGUUGUAUAACUAAUAGAUCUAUUUGAAAUGCUUUGAUAAAACAAUGAAAUUACAAUAAUUUUGUAUAUAUCAAGUGUUGAAAUAAAUAGUGUAUAUUUUAUCUUUUUA